AUGGAAAAUAUAAAAGUCCCCACUAUAGAUCAGUUCUAUUUACCAGAAUGGUUAACCAUGGAACUCAUAGCAUCAAAUAUCAUUUCAUUCACACCAUUAUUUUCAUAUGGUACUACAAUAUUAUCAAUUCAAAAAAAGAAAACUUCAUUGGGGUUUUCCAUUGAUAUUUGUGCAACGAUGCUUAUAGCUGCCUCUUUAAGAAUUUGUUAUUAUUUUAUUAUACCAUAUGAACAAGCCUUGCUUAGACAAAGUAUAGUUAUGAUUUUUAUACAAUUGUUAUUAUUAAGAACUUCAUUAAAAUUUAGACCAAGAGAAUAUGAUUUUGAUUUAUUAGAACAAUAUGAUGGGAAUUUGAAAAUGGAUUUGGUGAGGGAAUAUCAUGAAUGGGAUAAGAAACAGGGAAAAUUUGGCAUGGAAUUAUUGGUGUUGGUUCAAGGUAUACUUAAAAGUGUGCUUAAUAGAUUUAUAAAUUUUUUUGAUUCUAAAUAUCAAAGAAUUGGUUCAUUUUGGCAAUGGAAUAAUGAAUUAAUGUAUUGGAAAUUCUUAUUUAGAUUCACAUUAACCAUGUCUUUUUUAACAUGGGUUUUCAAUGAUUAUUUAAAAUUUGGUGAAUUUUUAGGUACAAUAGGAUUAUUUGUUGAAUCUUUGCUACCAUUACCACAAAUUUUAUUAUUGAAAAAAUUAAAACAUGUCCAGGGGUUUAAAUUAUUAUUACUUGUAAGUUGGUUAGGUGGUGAUUUUACCAAGAUUGGUUAUUUAAUAUUUGGGGCUAAAAAUAUAAGUGGGAUUUUUCUUUUUUUUGCAUUAUUUCAAAUGUCAUUGGAUUUUUAUAUUGGGUAUCAAUAUGUUUAUUAUAAAUAUUAUUAUAUUCCAGAACCUCAAUCUGUGGAAUUAUAUGAGUUGAGGGUUUAA